GGAUGUUCCGCAUUGACCAAUCAAACCCUCUUAUUGAAGAGCACCUUGAAUUUUUGAGCGACUGGAUGAUCGCGAUCACAACUCGCGGCCCCGACUUAGAGAGCCAUACCGUCAGAAUGGCAGAAACAGCAGUAGGAAACUUGGCCCGAAGGCUACCCAACUUCAGGCUGGGAAAGAAGAAGGUCUUCCUUCCUUCCCAUGUCAUCACCUUCCUCCGCCGAGACAACCAACCUCCCAACUGGGCGCACUUCGAGGUGCCCCUAACCUUCACCAAGUUCGACCUCCGCGAUUACCUCUGGAACCUGUACGGCGUGGAAACGACCAAGGUUCGCAGCGCCGUACAGCAGCACAAGGUAGAGCGACGCCAGGGCGGGCGCGGCGCCCUCUACCGACCCCCUCCGACAAAAUACAUGACGGCCGAGUUGACGCGGCCGUUCGUCUGGCCCGAAGUCCCGGCAGAUCUGCAACCGUGGAACAAGGACCUGUGGGACGCCCGAGAGAAGAGCGGCAAUCUGGCGUCGAAAACCCAGCGCGCGCGGCACGAAGAAGGGAAUAUCGGUUCCCCCAGCAAGGAUCCCAUUACGUUUGAUCGUCGCGAGCUGCGGCAACGGGCGCAGAAGUACCUCAACGGCCAACUCACCUGGGAGACGGACGCGAAGCUGGAUGAGAAGUGGAGGACGCAGGGUGGGGCGGAGAAGAAGUGAUCAAACGGCCCUUAGUUUCGAGUUGUGUGCUUACAAACUUGGCCGGGACGGGCACUGCAGGAAGAUGUAUUGUAUUAUAUUACGAGGGCGGACAAGCAGCGGCACGGAAGGAGGAGUGCUUGUAUGAUAUCCGUCUUAGAAAAAACAUGGCCGCAUAUAAACAUCCGCACCUGGCGGGUAUCCUUCGAGCGUUGUCU